AUGUCUGUCGUAACAACCGAGGGGGACUUGAGUGCAGAACAAUGCAAUUUUACGGGCAGCAAUGAUGCUGGACUGGUAUGUGUUGGACCAAGUAAUGCGCUUGUUGUCGACUGUUCCUUUUAUAAUAAUGAGGAAGAUGGUGUAAGAGUGUGCGAAGGCGCAACGUUGAUUGUGAAAAGCAGUCGCAUGUACAACAAUGGUCGUGAUGGGUUACGGUUAUUUGAAACCAAAACAUCGAAGUGUAUCGCGAUUAAUUGUGAUAUUGACUACAACUAUGACGUAGGGAUUUCUAUGCUGGAUUCAACGGAUGUCACGCUGAUAUGUAAUAGCAUUUUUGGCAAUGAAUUUGGAAUAUUUAUGGUCAAUUCUGAAGCAAAUAUCAGUGAGAACAAUGUUUUUGACAACGAUUUGUGGGGAAUCUGGUCCAUGAGCAAUUCAUGGUGCGAUAUAGCGAUGAAUAAAAUUUUUCGCAACAAAGCUGGAGGAGUACGUAUGGGAUAUCGAGCUGCAGGAAAAGAAUUUCCCCCAUCUGUCAUUGAACAAAAUAAAAUUUAUGAUAAUAUUGGUCCAGGGUUUGUGGAGAAUGUACAGAUCGAUGAAGUCCAUCCAUUGUCGCUUGGAAAAAGUAUAGAUUUGAUGAAGUCUCAUUUCAAAUCUCCCAAUUCCCUUAAAUCUGCUAAAUUCCAGGAUAACGAAGAGCACAAUAACAAAGAAAACGAGAACGGUGAUAAGUUAAAUUUGUCCGUUUCAUAUUGCUCAAAUUGUCGUUUGUCGACGAAAACGCCGAAAAUAUGUCAAAAGUGCUUUACGACUGCGUAUUGCGGUAAAAUUUGCAAACGAAAUCAUCGGCCAAAGCAUGAGACAAUAUGCAAAGUUUUACGUAAGAAGUCAAGCUAUUUAAUUACAUCCAUGGAAAGAGUUGAAUACUAUAUUACGGAACAACUUGAAGGUCGAAAGGAAAUUGGUCCAAACGACAGCGUCCGCCCACUACGAAAGGGCAGAAGGUUUGAUGUCAAAGUACAUACUGUAGUAAUAGAAGAGUCUUUCAGUCUCGUUCUGUGUGACCGCAGUCGUCAACUUCACGAGAGAUUUGAUUCGAAAGUUAUUAAAGAACUGGUAAAAGAGUUCGGUGUAUUAUGUGAACGAAAAGGUAUAGAGAAAAAACUUUUCUUCCACUGCCUGUUGGAAGACAACGGACAGCUUCGACUAUUCACGAAUACAUUUCCUAAAUUUCAAAGUUGGUGA